UUUGGCUAAAAACUUGAAAUUUAUGUGAUUUGGUUAGGUUUCUUGUUUUUUUUAUUUUUCUUUUCUUCUCGAAUAUUGGUCAUCUCACAUAAAUCAAGUAGAGAUAUAUGGGUCAUGAAGGUGCUCAUCGAAUAAAAAAAAAAGAAAAAUACCACUUUGCUCUUUGAGGAUCUCCUCUCGUCUUUUCUGCCACCUUCCCUUUCUUACCCACCCCUUUUGCGCGCAAGCUCCGUUCAUUCACUGGCAGCUGCAGCUGCGCGAGUUUCUGCACAGGAGAGUAGGUGCACACCCUUCCGCAACUGCAGUUGGCAGUAUGCUGCUCUUCGGGUUGCGAAUCCGACGUUAGUUAUCAGAAAUCUGACAACGAUUGUAAUUCCUCCAAGUUUUAUAUACCAGUGACGUGUCCCGCGAUAUAGCCCCGUUCAUUAUCGCUAUCUCAUCAGUUUCUGAUGAAUAUAAGAGCGAGCUUUUCUUCCCGAUAAAAAUUCUAGAGCGAUGUCUUAUCGUCAUGGAGAUUAUUAACAGCGACGAUUGAAGGAUUGAAAGCGAAAGUGGCGUAAGUCAGCAUACCUACCGUUUUAGACAAAUUAUGAUACACGUGUCGUCCGAGAGCGCGCACAGGUAUGAUCGGAUGAAGCGUAAAGGUGUAGCUUUCCUCACAAAUCUCUUCAAAUCGAGAAAGCUGACAGUAGGAAUGAAGAUUAACGAGGACGAAGAGAUGGAACGCGCGCCUAGGGUGGAAACUCCUGCAAUUAUUACCACCGCUUGCCGUCGGAGCGGCUCGGAAAAUGACAACACGAUGUCUCGAAUUCCGUCGACCUUGAGUGUGACAGCGGUGGACGUUGUCGUCUCCUGUCAGCCGUCACCCUCGCACUCAAUUCUGACCCUGACACCCGGUAGAACACGUAACAUCGAUCAGGACAUGGAGGCGCUCAGACUGAGUCGUCAGGACAAUCCUUUCCUACAGGUACUAGCAAGUCGAGAGAGCCUUGUGGAAUCGAUUGAGGAAUCCGAGUCUGACGAUGCAAUUCUGAUGUCGCAGGAAUUAGGCGAUGCGGAUCCUCUUACACUAGCGCAGGUACACGAGCACCUAGUACGCAGCCCACCUCCGGCUUCGUGGCCCAAUUCCACGGCCUUUCAGUUCCCCCAUCAGGAUCAGAACAUUACUCCAUUCAAGAACGACGCGGUACCACAAGCUAAAAGUCCAUUAAAGACACCCUCACACCGUAAUAACGAGCACGAGCUCUCCAGGAGUGAGCCAUUGACCGAUAUCAGAGAUCGACAUUCUCAUCCCUUCUCGUUACUACAUCCAACGCCGAUUCGUUCCUUGUCGGAAGUUCGACGACUCCAUCGAUCGGCCGAUGAUAGCGUACAACUUAUGUCGAAUGAAUAAAUUUCGCCAUUGGAGCUUGAUUUGAGUGGUUUCUUGCCAGAGUCGAUAUCUAGAAGGAUAUCAAUUUUCAAUUUUGCCGACUGUUCUUCAAGAACAGCGACUGCUGACGAGUCGGAGAAAAUGUCGUUUGUGGAAACGCAAUUUAUGAUUCUGACGAAGAAAAAGAGAAGAAAAAGAUUUGUGAAUUAAGAAGAUUACUGAACAAGAAGUACGAAGAAUCGUCAAGAUUUCAUAUUUGAUCAGGUUGGGGAAUGAUACGUUUGAGAUUGAUAUGAUAAGAUCUGAAAGCGAGUAAUAAUGCUUUGGAACAAGAUUUUCAAUCACAAUUAAUAAUAUCGUUGGAAUGUAUGAAAUUUGGAAAUUCAACAGUUUAUCGAAUUUCCUUUUCAAUCAACUAUAAAAUUAUUUCUCACAGAAUGGGAUAUAUAUAAAUAUUUUCAAUUUUUAAUUUAUUUAAAUAAUUUCGAUUGAUCUGAUUGUAUACAUGUAUCGAAAUCUGUGCGUAUGUAGGCGUAUUAAUUAAUCUUGCAAUAAGUGUAAUUCACAAUUACGAUCAUAUCUUUUAUCAAUAGGCCUAUUUUUUAUAAUCAUUUUAUAAGCA